GUCAUUUAGUUGCAUACCUCUGAAGCUUUGGGCCAACAUAAGAGCUAGGAACCGAACCACGUAGUACUGGCCAAUAGGAUUAUUCCAUCACCUGACAUAUCAAACCACUACCAAUAUGGUCAUCAACGUCCCCACCGCCUCCCUCGAGGGCAAGGUUGCUCUCAUCACCGGUGCUGGUCGCGGUAUCGGUCGUGGCUGCGCCAUCGAGCUCGGCAAGCGCGGCGCCUCAGUCAUCGUCAACUACGUCUCCUCAGAAGGACCAGCAAAAGAAGUCUGCCAAAUAAUCGAGGGCUUCAACAACGGGGCCAAGGCCGUCGCCAUCCAGGCAGACGUCAGCAAAGUCCCCGAGAUUCACCGACUGUUCGAAGAAGCAAAGAAGGCAUUCGGCAAAAUCGACAUCGUAAUGAGCAACUCCGGCACUGAAAGCUGGGACAAGACCGAGGAGAUUUCCGAGGAAAAGUACGAUCAUGUCUUCAGCCUCAAUACGCGUGCACAGUUCUUCGUCGGCCAAACGGCAUACAAGUUCAUCGAAGACAACGGCCGCAUCAUCCUCAUGUCGUCUAUUGCCGCCGGUCUACUCGGUGUCAAAGACCACGCUCUCUACAACGCGUCGAAAAUGGCAGUCAUCGGUUUCAUCAAGGCGUUUGCGACAGAUUUCGGCAAGCGCGGUAUCACUGUCAACGGUGUAGCGCCAGGCGGUAUCAAGUCGGAUAUGUUCACGCAGAACGCUUGGCAUUAUAUCCCAGGAGGUACACCUGAGUGGCCUGCUGAGAAGAUUGAGAAGUUGAUGGCGGACCAUUGUCCGCUUGGGCGGUGUGCGGUGCCUGAGGAUGUUGCGAGAGUUGUUGCGUUCCUAGCGUCAGACGAUGGUGGGUGGGUCAAUGGCCAGGUUUUGACUAUCUCGGGUGGUUCGUCGCAGUAAGUUAGAGUAGCGAGCGUGGGAGAUGGUUGAACAUUAGCUGUUGGGGCUUUUUUGCAGCGAAUUCUGGCAUUGGGAAAGGACAGGUGUCACGUGAUGAUCCUUGGCAGGUACAUAUAGACUAAACGUAUCAUCCCAUCUCUAGCUCCUCGGCAUAAGAAUACGAUAGGAUUUGAUCUGUACCAUUCCCGAUCUGUGACAACAGG